AUGCCAGGCCCCGUCCCUAUGUCUCCGCCUCUGUCUCCCCAGGCUUCGGUUGCACCACUGCCUCCAUUGUCUCUACAGGCUCUAGAUUUACCAUUGGCUCCGUACAUUUGCUCUUCCCCAGAUCCCCACAAACCACCACCACCACCACUACAAUGCAAGGACCCUAAAGCCACACUCACCACGCUCACAGCACAUACCCAUACCUCACUAAUGACAAUAACACUUACAAACCAGACCGAGCUCACCCUCGCCCUCAACCCCACCCCUCUCACUCGUCGCCCGCCGCCCAACCGGCGCCAGAUCGCGGCAGAACUCUUCCCCGAGAAGACCCCCGCGGAGAAUGUCGAGGAGUUCAUGGCCUGGGUGGUUGCUACGUUUUGUAGUGGGGACCGUGAAGUGGUGUAUGAGGGCCUAGCCGAAAGUAUUCAUGCUGAUCAUGAUCAAAACCAGGGCCAGGGCCAGGGCCAGGACCAGGACCGUGCAGGGCAGAAAAGAUUCAGACCCUUGGACUGGGAGAGGGAGAGGGAUGGCGGGGAGAGGGCACGGCGGAGAAGUCGUCGGGAGGAGGAGGAGCGCCGGGGGGAGGCGGGGGGGUAUGAGUAUCAACAACAGCAGCAGGAGCAGCAUCGGCGUUAUACGUUUGCUUGGCAGGACUAUCAUUACUACGGGCAUGACCGCCGUUGGACUAAUUGGGGAGAUGGAUAUAACUAUGGCCGUCAAUAUGACCGUUACUAUGGCGGCGGUGUUAAUCAUGAGGAUGGUCACCGCUAUCAUCGUCGAAACAGUGAUCACGGAGACCGCAAUCACCGCCAUGACCACAGCAGCGGCGUUAUUCGUGAAGAUACCCGGCCCAAAGCCAACUUUCGAUCAGAGGCUAUAGACACUAUCGAAAUCUCCCAACCCCAGGAAGCCACCGCCACCACUUUCUUCAUCCCCGUCGCCGUAGCCAACACCACCGUCACCCAACCCCAGGAAAACCCCACCACCACCACUACCCCCUCCUACUUCAUCCCCGCCGCCGCCGACAACUCCAUCCUCCACCGCAUCCCCACCACCCACGAGGAACACCCCACCUCCCGCAACGCGCGCGCAAAGAUUAGCUACCGCCAGCGCAACAGCUAUAAGGACCACCAGUACCAGCAGCGCCACCGCAGCAGCGGCAGCACCGUGCCGGACCUGUAUCCGCCUGUGGCGACGCGCAGCGGCGCUUAUGCGCGCCCGGAGGAGUAUGAGGCUUCCAGGGGCGGAGUGAAGAGGGAGGAGUAG